UGUAACGUUGUUUCAUGCACAAUUUUUAAGAAAUUGUAUUUUCUACGCUUGAUGAAAUCAUUUAACUGCUGAGUAGUCGUGAUGCAGAUAUAAAAGUAAUCUGAAUUGUACAUAGAAUUAAAUCUCACACCAGCGAAAUCUGAUUGAUUUAAAAUCACGUUAUCUUUUGUCGCAAUCAUAGCAUUCAGGUUAGGUUAUGCCAACUCGUGUACACAAGCUUGUAAGUAAGCAACAGUAUUCGCGUACGAUGUGUCAAAUCGACGAGCUGGCUAACAUGUGUCUUUGUAUUUAUCUAACAGUAAUGUUCUAAUAUAAACAUCUCACAAGCAUGGAUUACUAUAACAUUAACACUAGUGAAUAUGAGAAUCUCCAAUCUACUCCAAGCACGGACAAGUGCAUACCAAUACCAAGGCAUAAUGCAACCAUAAUAACUGAUGUCUACGCAGGCAUACCUGAGAACUUAUUGCUAAAUUUCAUUGGAUUUGUGAUACUUGUUAUUUUGUUUGGUUUGUUACGCAAGAAGGCAUGGAAUUAUGGACGUCUUGCGCUACUCAGCAAAACAGAUGAAAGAUGGAUGGAGUUAUUUUAUGGGGAUAACGAUAGUAGAGACACGGAUGUAUUAUGCAUAGAAAAUUCUGUUAAUUCGCAGCUUUCUCAAGUAGAUAGAGGCUUUCUAUCAUGGAUUGUUACAGCAUUCAAAGUGACUGAUGAAGAAUUAUUAAAGCGAGCUGGGCCCGAUGGCUUACUGUAUAUAUCGUUUGAGCGUCACUUAAUUGCUUUAACCAGUUUGAUGGUUGUUGUAGCCUUAUGUGUAGCAUUACCAAUUAAUUUUCACGGUAACAUGCAAGGGGAUGGUGCAACAUUUGGUCAUACAACAUUAUCAAACUUAAAUCCAAAAUCUUCAUGGAUUUGGGUGCACUCGAUACUCAUUUUGACUUAUUUACCAGUAGGUGGUUUCAUUAUGAAGCGUUUUUUGAAAAAGGUGCGAGAUGCUAAACACGGUGCUGAGCUGGCAGCGAGAACACUAUUAAUAACAGAAAUACCAAAGCAUCAGUGCAAAGAAGAAACCCUUAUCGAAUACUUUAAAGAUGCAUUUCCUACGCUAUCUGUUGAAGAUGUGAAAUUGGCUUACGACAUUAGACGUCUUUCAGCAUUGAAUGCAGAAAAAGAUUGUGCUGAACAGGCACGUUUAUAUUGUGAAAAUUAUGCAAGAAAGAGAGAGCCUUUGACUAUGUAUCCAUAUCCAUGUGGCCAAGUAAUUGGUUGUUGCUGUAAAUAUAAAAUUGAGGCCCAUAAGUUUUAUAUGAACGAAGAAAUUAGAUUAACCGCGUUAGUUGAAGAGGAGAAAAGGUUGUCAUUGGAGAGACCUUUGGGUAUUGCCUUUGUAACUUUAGGUACACCUGGCGCGGCUAAAACGAUGCGUAAACGCUUACGCUCUUCGCCUAGCAUAAAAUGGGUUGUAGAUUAUGCACCAACACCGUCUGAUAUCGUUUGGGAACACUUGAGUAUACCAAGAUCAUGUUGGUAUCUAAACGCUGUUUUAAUCAAUUUCGCUCUGGGUAUUGUACUAUUUUUUCUUACUACACCAGCUGUAAUAGUGUCUUCUCUAAAUAAAUUACCGGUUACAGGAGAGAUUAUGAACCUAAGUCCAGUAGUGUCAUAUUUUCUUCCCACUGUACUACUAAUUAGCGUUGCUGCAUUAAUGCCAGUAUUAGUGGCAAGAAGUGAAUCAUUAGUUAGACACUGGACUAGGAGCAGUCUAAAUCGGGCAGUAAUGACGAAAACAUUACUUUUGUUAUUGCUGAUGGUUCUCAUAUUACCCAGUCUAGGACUGACUAGUGCCCAAGCAUUUUUAGAAUGGACCGUGAAUUCGGCGAAUGACACAGACAGAUGGGAUUGUUUAUUUUUGCCAGAUCAGGGCGCUCUAUUUGUAAACUACGUGAUUACCGCAGCCUUACUUGGAUGUGGUUUGGAAUUGGUCAGAUUCGCAGAAUUAGCAAUGUACACUAUCAGACUCUGUUUAGCUAGAAGUAGAGCAGAAAGAAUACAUGUUAGGAAGGCAGUGUUAUGGGAAUUUCCUCUGGGUGCUCACUAUGCCUGGUUGGUCCUAGUUUUUACUAUGACUACGGUGUACAGUUUAGCCUGUCCAUUAAUUACUCCCUUUGGACUAUUAUAUCUAGUAGUCAAACAUUUGGUGGACAGACAUAACUUGUGCUUCGUAUACGGACCAAGCGUUGGCGGAGGUCAGUUAGCGGGGGCGGCGGCAAGUGCCACCGGAGCUGCUCCCAUUUUAGGUCAAGCCGCGUUGCUAGCUCUGGGUCUACUAAGGAGAGGCUUAGCGCCGUUGGCCGCUGUACAACUUAGCGGUCUUGCUGCAAGUAUUUUGGGCCUUGUUACCGGAGCCACUUUACCAUCAAGAAAAUCUAAGACACAAGCUGUAAAAAGAGAUCUAUCGGGUGGACAAAAUUUCGUUGCACCUGUGCUACGCGACAAACAGCUUUCUCCGGAGGAAAUUGUAUCUGCCAGGUCGAGUUCAGAGCAGAACAUGCCUAGUUUAACAGUCGUUAGUAGUACUCCGGCACAAGAGAGUCCAAAGCUUUAUCAAGAUUAUGGUAAAGAAUUAUCGGCAUGAUUAUGCUUUUUUUCAUUUCAUUACAAUGAACAUAUAGCUGGUGCAAUAACGUCAUUCGAUAUAAUCGCAAUGAAACAUGAUUAUAUGCUGCGACUAAUUAUUGAAAUUCCUUGUUUUGUGAUAUAUUGAAUACGUAAGUGUGCACGACGAUAAGUGUAUUCGUAAAGAAAAUUGAAUCUCUUGUCGCGUGGACGUACAUGGAAAGUGUACGAUCCUCGGUAUGCCAUAUUUCGUUUACAAAGGAAUGAAAAGAUUGAAACUAGAUUUAUACAUGAUGUCCCACAAUAUGUGAGACCUACCUCAGGAAUAGAUUUUACACAUGAAAACAAUUAAAACAGUUUACAUAAUCAUAUGUAAUCGAAUAGAACGUAUGUUUAUAUGAACUUCUUUUUAUUGUUUUUACGUGUAGAAUGUAUUUCUGAAGUAGGUCCCAUAUGCUACGGGAGACUCCGUAUUGGUUGAGAGUCAAGUAUUAUCCAAUUGGUCAUAAUAAUAAUAACGGUAACAAUGGUGGUUGAUGGUAUUAUUUAUCUAAAUUUCCUGUUAUUUACCAUACAUGCUUUCGUAAAAAGCUAUUACUUCGUCAUUGCACGAAAUGCCUUUUUUGAUAUUAACUAUUUGUUUAUUCAAUUCUAAGUAUGUAUAUUUCAAAUAAGUCAAACUUUACUAUAUUAAUAAUCGCUAAUGAACAAAAUUUGGGUUCAUUGUUGGAUUACAUAUAACCAUUUUCUUUAGAGCAGAUCUUUAACAAUUUCAGUUGCUUAUUAUGAUGAAAAAUACUUUAAAUAAAUAGCAACAAGUAUUAUACCACAAUAUGCGAGGCAUAUAGAGAAAAAAGGAACAAAAAAUCGCAAUUGUACAAAUAAACAGAAAUACAACCAAUAUGAAAACAUUACAUGUAUUUGUGUCCACUUGUCUAAAAGAACUUUUUACUAUACUUUUAAGUUAAUAUAAUCGUACUAAGCGUGUACUAAAGUCUGUUAAGUUGCAUAAAUAGUAUUUUUUCGCUUAUAUUACAGAAAAUUGUCUUUAAGUGCAUCAAAGUUUCAUCUUACAUUUCGAUCAAUGACACACCUGCAUACUAUGUAUAAUUUCAAAUACAUAGAAACGCUAUUGACAAUUUUAUAUCACCAUGGCUCUACGCGGUAUUCACAGUUAAACAAUGUUCUAAGAAACUAUUAAUCUAUUUUUAUUAUACAUUAUCGAGUUUUAAUACGACAAAAGAACAAAUACGAUUUAAAUGAAACUUUUGAACGAAAUUCAAUCGCUCAUAUAGAAAAGGGAUAAUUUACUGUUAUCAUUGCAUAAUAUUAGAUAUUGAUUUUGUUUAAUCGACGUCUUAAUGCUAAAUACCAUUAAAAGUAACAUAUUUUACGUGAUACAAAUGUUUUAAAAUGUACAAGGCAGUGUGAAGAUAUACAAUUGCUUCAACGGUGGAGAUUGUUACUCGACCAAUGCAAAUUGUCCACAGAAGGAAUAAAGAUUUAAACGAGAAUAGAACAAUUUAAAAACGGUCUAUCUAAUUGGCAUCCGAAUAAUUAUGAAAUCAACCAUUGGGCCCUUGGGAGUUCAUCCGUAUUGGAGUUUUAAUUAAAUUAGGAUAAGGCACUGAAUUAGUCUGCCACACUUUUUAAAAUUAAAUACUUUACCGCACAUUUAGACAACUGAAAUGUAUAAUUACUGUGAGCAAGUGAAUAUAUGUUAAGCUGUCCACUUGCUGAUGAACAGAAGCAUUCCAUGUCAAUCUAAUGAGAUAAAUAAUGUUCAUGGAUAUAGUAGACGUUUGCUUAGCUUUCAAAAUAAUUGCUAUGUAAAUACGUGUGUAAUAAGUAUAAAUAAAAGUAUAUACUAGAGA